GCCGGCGCAGACGGGUUCGCAGACGACAGGGCGUGAAGCAGACGACGGGAAGGGGUAAGGAGCAGCGCGGCCGUUUGGUCCGUCUGGCUCGCGGUUGUUGGUUGGCUGGACAGCGGCUGGUGGUGACGGCGGAGGCAAAGGCGUAGAGGUGGACAGCAGCUGGUGAUUUGUUGCGUGCAGUCGUUGCGAGUGUCCUCUAUUUGUUCCGCAUUGUGGUCAAGCUCGGAAGGAGAACCGUUUCGCGUCUGGUACAGGUAGCAGCCGCCCGGCCCGCAGUCCGUUGUUAUCUAACGGCGGCGUCCGGAGCGAGUUCUGAGUGGCUCGACUUUCGACGGAGAGCUGCUGCUCGUCGCCCGGCGGGACUCGGCGUGUGUUCGCCGGUUCGGUUGUUUCCGGGAGGACGACGUUCUGUUUAUUGCUAAACAAACCGCGAACAAGCGGGGAGUGGAAAUCGGCAAACGGCGGAUCCCACCAGCCACUACGCGAAGCGGAAGACGACGGCUACAACGGUGGAAGCCGAAAGCGGACAACAGUGCAGGAGACGGAUCGCGGCGGUCACUGCUGCUACACUGCGGCCAUAGCAAACGACGCAGCUGGAGCAGACGACGCCGGGACGCCUAUACUGUUUGAACAAGAAGAAGAAGAAAAAAAGACAUUUAAAGAUGGCGGAAGCAGUACCUCUGUAACGGAACCCGCCUCGAGUUCGCUUUGAUUCUGUCUCAGCGACACACAAACCUACGAUCCACGGUCGCCGGGAACGUCCGAUUCAAGAUUUAAGGAUGCUGCAGGAGGUAAACCGGAGCCUGAAGUAGGUGUGACCGAUUUUGCGGCAUCGAAACGACAUUCCGUAGACAUAACCGACGCCGGUGUGUUGCUUUUAUGUAUCGUGCGUCUGAAGUGGAGAAGGAGCUAUCACUCUUGACAAGUGUGGGUGACUUAUUGGAAACCAGCGGCAUUUGUUUAGAACGGUCAAAGCGUUAGGAAGUGAACAAAAAUUUUAAAAGAGAACAAGGCCUAUAGGAUUGACUGUACUACUGUCGAACUGAUAUACUUUUCUGUUUCUUUCAUUACUCUACUGUGAACUGCUUAAGGACAGUGUGCUUUUGAGGUCACAGCCGGACAAUUUUUCGAAAAAAAUCUCUCGAAGACGUCUUGAUGCCGGCCGGAUUCAUGAUGGAUAUAUCCCGCCAUUCCUCGUCGAGCGAGCUCGGAGGGCAGCUCAUGUCGCAAGGCGAGCAGGAACUGGCCACCAAGAUGCUCCAGAUCCAGUCCAAGAGGUUCUACCUCGACGUCAAGCAGAACCGCCGGGGUCGCUUUAUCAAGGUGGCCGAGGUGCAACAGGUGGGGGUAGUGGGUAGGAAAAGUCGUCUUCUCCUCGCCAUGUCGACAGCAGCUGAGUUCAGGGACCACCUGACAUCCUUCAGCGAACUGUAUGCCUCCUUGGGCCCCCCAAAUCCAGAGAACCUGCCUGAGGAUGGCAAGUUGAAAAGUGAGAUCAUGAUUAAGGACAAUAGGCGUUACUACCUGGACCUCAAGGAAAACUCCAGGGGGCGGUUUCUAAGGGUGUCCCAGACGAUAGCACGAGGUGGUCCUAGGUCCCAGAUUGCCAUUCCCGCACAGGGUAUGAUCGAGUUCCGUGACGCGCUCACAGAUUUACUAGAAGAGUUUGGCACAGAUGAUGGAGCUUUCAAAGGAGAACUACCUGAGGGGCGCCACAUGCGUGUAGAAAACAAGACGUUUUAUUUCGACAUUGGGCAGAAUACCCGAGGCAUCUACAUGCGCAUCUCAGAGGUGAAGAACAACUUCCGGGCGGCCAUCACCAUUCCAGAGAAGUCGUGGUCGCGCUUUAGGGACUCCUUUUCGGACUACGUCGAGAAGAUGAAGGAGCUGACGGAGAAGUCGGCCGCCGAGGGUGGCAAGUGAGAGCUGUCGCCUGACCACCCGCCCAGACAGCCACCGCCCACCCUUCGCUCCGGUGGCACCCCAGGGUCAUCUGGUGCAGCGACGACACCAUCGUGCUCCCCGACAUGCCGCACCGCCCUUGGGGGAAAGCCGCCCCGUGGUCUUUCAGCAUCGGCGCGGCGCACCGACCAACCAACUGGCUGACCAGAGAAGAGAGGAGGAGGGUGUGCGCGACUGUUGCGGCUUCUUCUCUCCGCGACGGGGUGCAACCGCUAAGCCGCGCGGCGGAGGUGGUCCCGUCCCAUGGCGCGGCUUCUCGACGUUUGUUUUUAGUGCACCCUGUGGUGGACAGCUGCAACGACGACGAGGACUUUUGACAAAAUGAUGCCGACGACGAAAAAAAAUAUGAGAUGAGCUUGGAAGACUUAGGCGACAAGAACUUUUUUCGAGAAGACAGAAGGGGGGAGGGGAAAAAGAGAGACGGGUGGUGGGGGUUGCAUGGAGGAAGACUGUGGUUGACUGUGACCAGUCGGUAUCGUGAAGGGCUGGUCGGUGUGUGCGUGUGUGUGUUGUUUGGGAGGCCAGUCUGCGUUACCAAAGGCCCCUGUCGGAGUCACCGAAUGGUCCCACCUGCGCCGACCAUUCGGCCGUUCCUGGAGGUAAUUCGACGUCGUAUGUCAGGCAGCACUUGUUUUGCGGCCGGUGUCGUCGUCGUCGAGGGCUACCUGGCACCGGGAGACAACGGUCAGCAUCAUCACAAAAGGCCACAUGGUGCCGUCGAAGUCGGCGAGCUUCGACGCCUGUUGGUUCGCGAGGCGGCCCUGCAGUUCACUGUCGGCGGCGGAUACCACUGACGACACUGGAGAAAACUCCGUCUUAGCUCGCCGUUUUUCUUUUUUUUUAUAUCGUUAUCAUGUUUCUAAGACUGUCAUCAUCUAUUGUUUUGUACUUUUUUUUUUUUCCUUGUUUCUCACUGUUCCCCCUUGCCAAUGCUCCCUGUGUGAGUCGUGUCCUGAGCGAUAGCAUGUUCCUGCUUUCCGUGAUAAUUGAGCCUGCGCAGCUGAUGUCCCGGUGAUGUUGCGCUGCUGCGCAGUCUUAUGCCUUCGGAGGCACUGCUCGGACAUAGCACAGCUGGGAAAAUGUGAGUGAAUGAGUUUUAAUGGCGAAGAGAGAAACCUGGCUCUGGGGGGAGCAUUGGCAAGUCAGAGUUUGCAAGGGCUCCGAGUGAGAGAGAGAGUGAGAGAAAGAGAAAGUGUGGAGAAUUGAAGGUUUAGGAGAGAGGAUUAUUUGGUGGCUCGUCACUACUCCAGUGCUGACUGGCUUUGGCACAGAUUUGUCAGUGUUGCGUCCAGUGCUCUCGAGAUUCUGUUCUCGGCGAGCAUUGCCCCUUUGGAAACGUUUGUUGACAUGGGUAUUCUAUGAUUCUGUGCUGGCGGCAAGCAUGAAAGAUCUGUGGUUUGCGCCGUGUGGUAGUGUUUCUCGACAUGCUUGCGCUGGAGACCCUGUGUGCACCUUUGAAAACUGAUGGCUGAAUGCUGGAAAGCGGUCCAUAGGAUUUGUUUAGUUAUAAUCCUCACUGCUUGGGAGAGUAGUGCUGCAUUACAUGACUAGAGAGGCUGUGUAAACUGGAAAGUAUCUUUUACAGGAUUGUGAAACGAUUUCAUCAUACAUUAUAUGUUGGUACAUGCACAAAGAACCUAAAGUUUUGUUCAAGAUGUAGUAGAGAAGCCAGACACGAUACAAAAAUGUUAAAUAACUUCAAUAAAAGAACAAAAAACAUGCAGUACAGAAGCAAUGUUUUACGUUAUUUAAAAACAUUAACUCAGUGAUCUGCAUGAAAGGAAAUUCAUUUAUCCAGUAAGACUUCAGAAUUGUUGAUUAUGCAAGAAAUUGUGUUCUGCUAAUGCGUGGUAUUCACCUAAAGUAUCUUGUAUCACUUUAUUUUGUUAGGUGAUUAUAUUGGGUAGAAUAGAAGUAAUGUAACCUUUUUUUCUUCUUCACAUGACCACUCUCAAACGAGCAGAGGUUGUGUAAAAGGUGCAAACAAAUUCAUAACUUGUCAUAAGCUGUCAUUGUCAGCUUCGCAAUAUUCCUUUUAAAUGGAGAACCAGGUCCUUGCACUGCAUUCAGAAAUGUCUUUGAAGAGAACAGAGGGUCAGCAGACUAGCAUUUGAGAAUCACUGUCUCAGGGCAGCCAUGUGAUCUUGGGACGAUCGUGAAGGGUGUACUGCGCACACACAUGCUAAUGCCUUGAAGGAGUACUGACAGAUGUUUUCAAAGCUGUAUUUUGAAAUUUCCCCACAUCAAAGGAUAGCACUCGGUAAACAGAAAGGUUGGGAAACACUUUAGGUAUUUUAAAUUAGCACUAAAGUAGGUAGGCCCCAACAUGCCAGAGCUGGCACCACCGAUGCUACCGUGAGGUCAUGUCACUGAGGAAAACUUGCUGACGUUGCGUAACUAUGAGGCUAGGUGUGAUGAUGUUGCUCGUAAAACAUAAAUAAACGCGAGUGCUGCGCACAUUUCUUCUGGUUGAACUCGUGUGUCUCAGUCAUAGCGAGGAGUACUUUUUGUUGGUUUACAGGGUUUCGACGGUUCACCUAACGCCGAGAAAUGUCGAGUCAGUAAUGUCGUGUUGGUACUCCUUUCAGCUCUGGAGAUGUGACGAGCCAUCAGGACAUGUGCCAGUCAGUUUGCCCGGUGAUACCCGAGUGAGAGAUGUGAAAGAGGAGUGUAGGCAAAGUUUUUUCAAAGGAAGGCAUGGCGGCCGAGCAUCACAGCCCUUCUUAAUGCACACACGUCACUGACACAGCCACUCGUUCGACGCACGUGUGCCUAAAGCGCUCCCGAUUCGAAACGCUUUUGCGGUGACAGUGUACUUCGAUGUCUCGGCACUCGGCACCUGGCUGCAUAUUUACGAGCGAUUUAUUCCUGGGUCAGGCUGGCAAGUUUAGGGCCACUGUGAGUGAGGGCAGUUUGCCUCACUGCUUAUCACUUGGCAGCUUGAUGCUGCACAGUUAAACAAAGUGUCAUUCGAAAUUGAUGGCAGGAGUGAUUGGGUGCCUGGAAAAGCACUCGUAAUAAUUGUUAGUGUUUGGAAAUGGGGUCCAUAAUGCUUCUUUCUUUUGUAUUUCUCAUGAAAAUGGCAUCCGAAGAAACUCCUCAGACAUCGAUACCAUCAUAUGCCUGGGCAAUCUUCUAAUUUGCUGAGCAUGCAAAGCACGAACACGAUAACGGUGCCCACCAAAAUUGAGCAUUGCAUGUGUAAGAUGGUUCUUUUUGUUGACUGAAGCGAGUGCAGUUGAAAUGGUAUACAAAAAAUACCAAACUUUUAAUUUUCUUCUGUUGUUGUUUACCUUAUUAAUGCUGUUGUCGAGGCUACACACAUCAAAAAAGGUAGAUGAGUGAAGCAGGUUCGUCAAAUGUACUCGGCUGUCAAGUAAAUUCUGCACUUUCGUGUGACAGCCCCCGAAUGACACUUGCUGGAAAUGACUCUAAAUUCGCCUGUCUAACAAGGGUAUUAGUCGUGCUUGUGCAUCGAGAGCUGCCUCUGGUGUGUGUGUUAAGUAAGGUCUGUGAUGUGUGGUCACAUGACGGUUGUUGUUUGCAUCGGCAGCUUCAUGCCAGAGGCUGACCGGUUUUGUUGGAGUUUGUUCAGAGUUGAUUGCAUUGUUGGAGGAGCAGAGAGUCAAAAGUCAUUGUUGUUGAUCGUCUGGCGCAAUGAAGUUUUUGUCUUUGGAUGUCGGCAGUGUUGUUGGAGAGGGCUUGGUGCAACAUGACAGUUUUGGUGAUGGAAUGGUUUGGCCGGGACUUUCAUUAGCCAUGGAAGUACCAGAGAAAGAAAGAGAAUUGGAUCGUUGCGGAAGUGCUCAACUGCUUGUGGAGCUGUAGACUGCAGUGUCAUUACUGUCCAGAGUUAAAAAACUUUUUUUUUUUCCGCCCUCCUUUUUUUAAGAGCUGGCGCAACAUAAGCAGCGAGAAUGAACCUCUCGGAACAGCGCUCUGUCGCUGCGAGGAGCUUUCAAACUGGGAGACGUUAUUAGCCGACCAACACAUAGCUUAGCGGCACCCCUAAUAUCUUCUGAUAUAUUUUCGCACCACUGAUGAGAUGUUUUGCCGAUGGCAUUGCGUCGUCAUUCGUGUGACCGUGUGUCUAGGCCUCGAGUAUAGCCUGAAGGUUUCAGACGUGGAGCGUGCGUUUUGCAAGGCUUCACACCUUGUGGGUGUUUCUCUCGCAAAGGUGCUAGAGCGGCCGAAGUCUGUCCGCGCUUAAGGCGUUCUGCGAAGUGUGGGUCAACUUGGCGUUUGGGUAGUAUAUACAGGCUUGUGUAUACACAUAGCUAUUUUCGGGUUCCUCUUGUGGUAUUUGAUCAUGCUCAUGAUUUAGAGUCUGCAUGCUUCCGGAUGCUGUUCCCAGUGAAGUCUUGUCUUUUCUAUUCUCUUUUUUUUUUUUUCAGGCACAAGCAUUUCGCUUCUUCUGUAUCAGUUCAGACAUAGCAAGUUGGUUGCAGAGACUUUGCCUGUCAGCUUUCUGAACGUUUGAAUUUUCGUCACAGUUGGCACAUAGUUAACAUUUGUUUGUUUUUUCACAUUGUGCCCACAAUUACAUGCUGCCGCUGCCUGUUUCUUGGUUUAUGUUCUUUACCGAAAGCGAUGUCCAUCACGUGACUUGUAGUAGAGUCCUUCCAGUCUUGUGGUGAAGACACUGGGUCACCCAUUAUGCGGGCCGUAUGUGUUGAGCGGCAAGUCAGGGAGAAUGCAGGGUGACGUGUCGUUCACACGGCAUGUCAUUUUAGCAGCGCGCUCUUAACCGAAACGUUUUCUGUGUGCGUUAAAGUAAUGCCAUACAAUUCCUGUUUGUGCUAAUUGCCUGUUGAUUCCGCAUCAUUUCCGCAAGAGCAUGGAAAAACGGGAGUAAAUAUUGGAAUGCAUGCAAAAGGUCUCAGUAGGGUUUGUACAUCGAACAGCCUUGGAGAAAAAGAAGAAAAAAAGUGAAAAGGACAGAUUGGAAGAAUAAGCAUCCUCUCUCUCUGAUUUGUCUGUCAUGAUACUUCUUUCCUCGGUGAAAAACAGGCUGGCAAUGGGGUGGCUGAAGAAAGAGUGCAAAAGUUGUGAAGAUUUCUUGUGAGCGGGCAGUGCUUUUGAUAUGUGAAGGCGUGAACAUUUUGCAAUGGUGUCUCGUUGUUUACGAAUGGUAGCGGUACCCAGACAUCGCGGGGAAGUGUUCUCAGAGAGAGGCAUUGUCGCCAUUUUGAAAAUUUGUUGAGGUCGUUGCAGACUAAAAAUUUGCUGCGAUGUCACCGAGUCGCAUUCUUUCAUAUUGUGCUAAGGCAUGUUUCUGUGACUUUUUUUUUUUUUUCACAAAAUUGGUGCCGUGAGCCCUUCGAUUGCUCAUUGCAAUCUGCCGAUCAGUAAGCAUCCUGGUGCAAUUCUCAUACAUUCGCUUAUCUAGCUUAGGUUCACCUUUCGUUGCUGCUUCAAGUUUGUUCCUGAGUUGGUCACGAUGUGCAUUUUCCUCUGCAAUGCGAUUUUGCUUGAAAUUUGUGCUGCAGAGAAGUGGUGCCUUUGUGGGCGUGUGUAAUAGACGCAAGAUAUUCUGCAAGCAGGUUCUUUACUACGAACGGGGUUGCUCAAAUCCAGGAUUGGCCACGAAAUUCUAAUAAAAGAAGUAGCCAAAAACUAACCAACCUGGCUAAAGGUGCAUAGGACUUUGCAAAACUUGUGUAGAUGCUGCAACAACUUCAUGCCUUAGCUUUAAAUGAAUGUCGCUACAUUUGUCCACUUCAGACACUGUAAUUGAAGCACUUUAGAGAGUUGCGUUACAUUUUUUUUUGUGUGUGUGUGGAGUUAGUGUUGUUAGUGUGGUGCUUUCUUGUUUCUUUAAUAUACCUAUUUUCGUUGAUAGUCCAUAUCAGGCUCUAAAGGUAAAUAUGCUGCAGUUUGUCUUUUGUCCGAAUUGACUGUUUGACCCCCUUAAAUGCAACAAAUUUCGAUCUUUUCAGUAAUUGCAUUUCCACACUUUGUAUGUUUAGAUGGAAGCAAUUGGAGUUGGCCUCAAACUAAAGCUUGUUCUUAAGGAAUUACGAGGAGUCGGACAGCUGCAGUGUUGAUUUUCAAUCAAGCGUCUGACAGAAUACCGGUAGUCUGGUCAGGUAAUGGCAUGAUUGAAUUGGGUCAGUGACUCAGCUUUUUUUAUCAUUGUCGAUGUGUUGUGCAAACUGUCCCUUGGCAACAAACAGAGCGCUGAUCGUGUAGCCUCGGUAGUUUCUGUAGGCGUGGCAGAAGUGUUCACUGAUGGAUGCAAUGGGAGCUGUGUCACAGAACCCAGCAAAGAUGCAACUGCUGGAGUUGGCGUUGGAGAGGCUUUUUUGUGUUCUGGUGUUUGAAAAGCACUGCCAUCCGAAGCUCUUGGAGGGGAUGAACAAGGCAGCCCUAGCAUAGCAGAUAGCUGGGCCAAGUAAGCCCAAUGUUGUACUAGUGUGUUGGCCUUCCAUGAGGGCAUAGAUGAUCUAACAUUAAGCUAGCAUUGACCAUGCUGUAAUAACGGGGGAUAUCUCAGCCAUUUUAUGGACACAUUGACUAUACACAUCUCAUGAUGGCCCUAUCUUUGGCCUUUAGUGGACUCUGUUGAGUUACAUAAAUUUGGAGUACAGUAAUCCAGUGCUAAACAUUAGCAGCAUGUAAUGCAAUUCUGGCACAUCAUUAGGCCAUAAUUGGUGUUGAUAGAUUAAAUUGGGCAAUAAUACGGGGCAAUCCAAUGCUGGCCUAUUCACGGGCCAGCAUUGGGCCUUGUCAGACUAUAUGUUGGAUUGUGCUGGCUUUUUACUAAGCAACAUUGGGCAUACAUAUAGCUAAUAUUGGUCCCAUGUUGGGCUUGCAUAGGCCUUGCUCAUAUUGCGUUUUGAGAGAGGAAGUCUGUCGAGAUGUGGUGACAGCUGUUGGGUGGUGACACAGUUGACAGCCUUGUUGGGACUUGAGAUGACAACCUUGUCGCAUGCGCCUUAAACUGCUUUACAUUGCCAAUCUUGCUAUUUGUUCUAGCAUUUUGCACUUAUAAUUAUUUUUUUUUAUUCUCACGAGUCUUGCCAUCCGAAAUGUGCUCUGCCCUGCUUGAUGCCCAAUCCACAAGAUUCCAUUUCUGUUGAGUCUUUAUUUUGGCGGUGAAUUUGAAUGCACUUGCAUGAGAUUCUUGGUGAAGAAAUUACACGAGUCAUCUGCAGGAAAUCACUACACCUUAGGGUCAGAAACUACAGUGAUGGCAGGACUUGAAAUUAUUGUAUUCACCUUUAACAACUUUUUUUUACACUGCUGUAUGAAAAAAAGCUGCUUCUCACACAAGUAUGACAGGGCCCCAAUAAUUCGCAUAAUUGAAAGUGAAGGUUUAGCUGUUGGCUUAGUAAACCUGAAUUACGCAGUGUAUUUCGACCUAAGAUUAGGGCUUCAUGUCCUCUGGUUAUUUAGGAGCUGCUUGAUAAUUGAUGCCUCGUUUAAGAUUCUCUAGCCGGUCUGUAAUGAAUAAAUGAAGGGUGAAGUUGAAGAAAAAAUGUUAGGGAAUCCAUUUUUCUUUUUUGAGCUGAUGCUUCCAGACACAUUCUAUGCUUAUUGGUACUGGCCGCAUGCCCAUUAAACGACAACAGUGCACCUUGCAAGCAGUUCUUUUUUAAUUGAAUUUCCUUUUGGGCAGUCUUGCCAUAUUCCUGAUUCAUUGUAGUGAUCGCAGACUACAGGGCAUGACCUGCACUAUUGAUUUGCUUUCGAUGGUCUUUGCUUUUCCCUUUGUUUUCUUUUUUUGUGCCUUCCCACAUUUUGUGAUGUGUUUUGAGCCCAAGUAGUAACAGAUGUAGCCACAGGGAGAUCGAAACAAGUCAUGCCACUGUUGACAGCCUGCUGCACUUUCAGACUGAUCAGGACCUGCUAUUUGAGGUGACCAGUGUUUGUGCCAGCGUCACUAGUUUCGUAAAAGCUCUGCAUCGUUCAGUUGGAACAGAAAAAAAUCUGUGAAUAUUACAUUGAUCGUUUUGUGGCGUCCAUCGGACUUUCCUCUGGGUGUGCACAUCUUUGGUAACAUGCUUUGCUGCAAGAGCUGUGGCACACGACUGGCAUUUGCAAGCAGUUGUCUUUGAUGUCUUUGCGAAUUAUGGUGUGUUCCAGUUCUUUACCUAAACGGAUAUCAUGCCACCCUCACCAGAGAGUAUCCACUUCAAGUCCUGUUCCAAUCCAAAUGAAAAUGGCACAGAAGAUGCAAAGUCUGUGAUAAAGCUGGCAGCAAGGUCAAGAACUCAUUUCUUCAGUGUCAGGCACUGUUUAGCCCGACGUUUUGGCAUGUUAAAGGCUUGUUGACAUGCAAUCAGUUUGAAUGCUCUUUAGGUGAGCAUCAUUGGCCUUUGGAAGACUCAGCUUCCCAAAAGGCAACGUGCGUGAGCCAUUAAAACUGCUACCUUCAAACUGCUUAUCCACUACCAGCCGUUGUCUGUCAUGACACACUUUGUGUUGCUGCAUAGCCUAGAAUAUGGAAUGACAUAAAUAAGUGCGAUUGUAUUUUGUUGGUUUUUAGAAAAAAAAAAAAGCUAUUUGAAAGUAAGAGCCUUUUGGUUAUACCUUCUUGUCAAAAAUUUUACACUGGGUGGCAAACACUGUUGAGAGUUGUUAAUACCACAGAAAGCUGCUUUCUUAUACAUCAAACGAGGCAGUGUUGCUUUCUGCAGCAAAUUCAGACACGGAUUUUGUUGUCCGCAUUCCACAAUUGGGCAGUUGUGUAUUUGCCACUACAUUAUUAAGCAGUCUUCAACUAUAAUGCAAGUUGCAAGUUAUCCGCUUAUCCACUUGUUGAAACUCCGUUUGUCCGCAUUCCGCUAGCUUUUGUAAUGCUGCGUGGAACUUGUGACGCUGGACUGCAGGCACAGACUAUUGCUGAUCCAUCUUGGUUAUUAACUAGAGGCCAGCUAUGAGGCAGCACAGCAGCACUGACAACGUGUUCUCCAUCUCUCUGUGCACGCUGUGUUACAGUUGAGCUUUGGCGCUGGUCAGCUCAACGGGUGGAGUGUAUUGUGCAGGUGUAGAGAGAAGAAACUUCUGCAUCACAGUCUGUAACAUGAAAUUUAGUCUGUGAGCUUGAACCCCAUUGUCAUGUCUUAAUUACUUAGUGCCGGAAUUCUCUUCUGCCCAUCGGAAGACUAUGUAGAAACUGAUACAAGUGCGUAGAAACGCGUUCUGAGGGAAAUGGUGGUGCAUUGCUGGCAGCCUUGGUAGCGUGCCUGCCAUUCACCUGCAAAUUCUUUUCUGCCAUCUGUGGGGCAGUCUUGUGUUUGGAGAUGCCCUUGGCACUUCGAAGCCUCAGCACCGUGUAUGCAUUGUUUAUAAACUAUCAAAUGCUAGUGCGUAAGCUAAGUGUGCAAAAAAAAAAAAUACUGUAACCUUGUCACACAGGACAAUAUUGUGCAUGGAAAUUGUGUGUACCUGCUGUGGCACCACUUUUGUCGAGGGAAAUCGCAUGUGCAAUCUGUGUUUCAUGUUUAGUGGUGAAGUGUCGGAAGUUCGCAGCUUGUUGCUGAACAUUGCAGUAGGAUUUCUAUAGUUUCUAUCGCAUUGAGAAUUUCCCGAGUGGGGAGAACACACGCGUCCCUCUACAAAACCUAGUUACUGAUGUCAAGUUCCACUGGCGGGAAAACAUUUGAUGUGGGCUGCACGAAAGAGCUCUGCGACUUCUGUUGCAAGCUGGCUAUCUAAAUGGUAACCCUGAGGGAAAAAAAAGUAAGGUUGUGCAACACCUUUGUGGUCAGACUUGUUCUCCGGCUCACCACUUUGAAAACAACUGAACCAGCAUGAUAUGAUGCCAAGCUCUUUAUCUCGGCGUUAAAUUUUAGCCAGUGGGAUAAAAAAAAUGAACCUUGAGUGAGUUAGACCUGGUGGCUAUAGAAAUUGGUUGACCGCUAAGUGUUGCUACUUUCCCAAAGCAACUUUCCUGUAAUGUCCAUUCUUACUUCAAGCAAGCAGUGUUGUUGUUUUAUUGGGUUAGCUCUGUAGGGUACGUUUGGCCAUUCAGAGAAUGCUCCACAACAUGAAACAUACUUCUUGGUGCCAUGCCUGAACUAGUGAAUGAUGUACAAGUUAUGCAUGUGCGGUAUGUUGUGUGCAUGUGCAAAUGUCUAGAAAGUGCCAAUCCCUAGGCAGCAAUCAAAGUAUGCAUGCUGAUGUUUUUGUGGUCUCUUGCUGUGAAAAUUCUGGAAGAAAAGGAAAUAUAUAUAUAUAAAUCUAUAUUGUGAUUGGACCACCCUUAAGGUAUACACUGAGCUGUCAGAAGAGAUUACAAAUUUUCACCGCAUGAAUAGUGAUAAAAAAAAAACUAUAUUACGCAGCCCUGCUUUGGUUUGAUCAGCGAGGUCGACGGGUAGAAAAUCGUUCAGUCGUUAACAUUUUAGACACAAAUUCAGCUCCAUUGAAGGGAUAUUAAGCAGGUGCAGUAUUCUUGGGCAAUCGCUUUUGAGGGUAUAAUCACUUUCAUGAGAUGUCACGUGACUCGGCAUUCGACGCGUCUGUAUAUCUGACUGAUAGGAUUUAUAUCAGUAAGAUAUACCGACACUACCACUGACUUGACACUAUUAGUCAGAUAGUGCCGAGUCGUGCACAAUCUUCCGACAUUGAUCGUAUCCUCAAGAGUGAUCGCUCAAGAAUACCACCCCAGAAAUACUAUGUCUGCACUUUUUAGUCAUAAUAACAAUUUUUAUUAGUUACCGUAAUUAUUGCGUUCAACAGCCAUAGCUUUUAAAUGGGCAGCUACAUUCAUUUUUUAUUUAUACAAUUUUAUGUUGCCAGAAAGUCUUUCGGCAAACACUUGACUACCUGAGCACAAUUCGAUCCUACGUGCCUCCUCUAGCUUUAGAGGCUACAAUGAAAAAAAUAAUAAUAAUUAUAAAUAGGGUUUGUUCUAAUGCAUGAAUAGACAUGACCAUAUAGUGAACAUGCACAAAGUAAUACAGUUCCUCUCUUUAUGUGCUCCCGAAUGCUGCGAUUAGAAAUGCCGUGACAUUCUGAUAGCAAGCUCCGUUGUAGAUUGACACCAACUUUCACCAGUCCACCCAGCUGCACUCCUCUCUGCCCGUUAACCUCGCCAAGUAUCUGCACCGUGUGCCUAUUUAGCAUUGGGCACCAUCCCUGCAUCUGUAUAACCAUGAUAGACUGCACACGUUGAUGUUCUCGUGUAUCUUGACUGCCCCAUACUGACAAAGCUGUACUGUGAUAUUAGGAGACUCCAUCUUGUGGAGAGCACUGGAGUUCCUCAAACAUUUUAUCUCCUUCUCUCGAAUCCGUCUGUUGUCACCAUGUUGCUGUCCAGUAGCCUCGCCACGUGAGAAGGGUUCUAUGGUAUUUGGCCGGGAUGAGUUGCGCUUCUGCGACAGUAUUGUGGUGUUGGGGGACAGCCUCUAAUUCGGCAUUUCCGAAACGCACCUUUAAAGGGUUGUUGCGGCUGUCAUGCACCCCAGUUUACCUGAAUGACGUUCUUUACACUGUGGCGAGGAUAUUGCGCGACUGCUUUUCCUGAUGAGCAGUAGAGCCCUUGUGUGGUGCAGCGACGUAGUGUGACCAUUGUGUCACAUCUUGGCUGUGCACUAAAAACCCCACUAUAACUCAUUAUCAGAUAUAAUGAACCGGAAUAUAGCGAGCAUGGAUAUAGCAAGUUAUUGGAUGUAACAGAGUAAAUCGGAAAUAUUUCUUGUCAACAUCGCUAUGUAGAGAAAACGUGCUUAUAACAAGUAUUGGAUAUGAUGAAGGUAUUCUCAUGUCGAAUAUGGUUUUGUUAAAUUGAGCUUGGACUAGUGUGACAGAUGCGGAAGGGGAUGUAAAAGUCCAUUAUGUUCCAUCUCCCGUAGCAGAUAUUGCAUGCUGUGCUGGCCCACUUUCAAAUCCAUCAGGUGAGAUGUAUACUACUGUAAUCAAGAGUUCGAUGGAGCACUGUUUGGUCCGGUAAAAACAUCAUUAGUACAACAGGUCACUGACCAAUGUCGAAAACAUGAAGCUCGAUGUUUCGGGAUCUGGACAGAUCCCGAAACGUCAAGCUGUGUGUUUUUCACAUUAGUUGGUGACCUGUUGUACUGAAGAUGAGUUGUAAUGAUGAUUUGCACCAACCGGCUCGCUAUUGCUUGCUGGUGCAGCGAGAUGCUGGUGGAAUGUUGCUUUACUAGUCUCGCUGAGUUUGUCGAUAAUACCAGGCAUUUAAGAGAAGCCUUAAUCUCAAUCCUGGCUGUAAAAUGCAAGGGCUUUGCUGCAACAUCAAAUUUACGUGUGCACUGGCAGUUUUUUCAGUGGGCUUUCAACUGGUUUCUAUCGACUCUUUACUGUCAUGUAUGAUUGGUGUUGCCAUCAUGCAUAUUGAAGCACUCCCUUGCGAUGCCACUAAGCAGUAUGUGUUUGACUGCUGUACCUAUUAGCGUGCAUGUAUGGUUUGUAUGUUGCAUGAAUGCGUGCGUACGUGUUCGUAAUGUGUAACCAUAGGCAUAGAUGUGUGUGCAUGUGAUGAACGCAAUGCUGCGUAAAUGUAAUCUCUUUUGUCUGAUGCAAAUUCUCUUUUUGUUGACCCACUGCCCUGCAUGUUUUGACACCAACAAGCACUGUUUGAGGAGCUCAAGCAUCAUGUUCCUGCUACGUAGCCUUGUUUUGCUAAUCGAGGAGGCAUUCACGUAGUACUGUUUCUGAGGAAAACCACUGUUCUGUACUUUCCUUUAUUAAAGGGGCCCUGCAACACUUAAAACUUGAUGAACGAAAAAAAACCUACCUGGUCGCUUGGUCGUUGCCCUGGACAACUGAGCCAAAUGAACUAUGCCUCUGCGCACAGCAGGUGGAAAUUCUAAUCGUAAGGUUGCUCAUUCUUGUGGUUGCUUAUCCUUAACGUUGAUCCCCUUUUCAAGGGUAUAAUGAGCUUUGAGCUAUCAUUUAUUUAUUUAAAUGUACGUUGCAGACAUUCCUCUGAAGCACUAGGCCAGGGAAAGCCUUUUGCAUGUUAUGACAAAUUCUGAUAGUGAAAAUAUUUUAGUGACAAAAACAAUGAGAAGACUUGCAGAAAUAAACCCAAUAUGCUAUAUAUUUGAAACAAGUAAAGGAUAAGUGAAGCAAAAGGAUACAGCAGCAAACAAUUGUGUACCUACUGUACUAUGUAUCCAUCGGCAAAGAAGCAAAAGUCUACAAAGCACAUCAGCAACACUGGAAAGACGAGCUGUUAGUGUUGCCCCUUGGUAUGUCUUAAUAGGUGUUGACAGUUUUUUUUCUUGUUGAUAUUUUCUUGUAAGAAAUGAUAUCUGGAAGGGCAUUCCACAACUAAUUGCCACAUGAAAGCACUGAUGAAUCAGACAACCAUGCUGCCAUUGGUUUGCAUGGGGCUGAAAUGAUUAUGUAUGCUCGACGUCAUGCAAGGUGACUUGAAAAGGGUGAGCUCAAGACAUUCUAAAGAUGAGACGUGAAAAUAUAUUUAGAAUGCCCUUCAGGAGCAGGGAUGGCCAAAGCAAAGGAGAAAGCAAACUUUACUAUAAAAGAGUGGAUAACAAAACAUCUAAAAAAAAAAAGAGUGGAUAACAAAACAUGUCAAAAGGCCCAGCUGUAGGCAUGCAUGCAGAAAGAAGAAUUUUCUUUUGUGGAGACUUAUGCCAACUGUGAAGCACAGCUCGUUGUGUGUUAGGAGUACCAAAAAGACAUCAAAACCUGUGCUGCUCCAUGGAGGCAUUUCACAAUUUUACCUUGCCGAAUGCAUUGGAAGAACUUUUUUGAGGCAGAGAUUUGAGAGGUGAUGUGUUACCGUAUCCAGGGCAUUUCGAAGCUUUGUUAAAAAGUGCCAUAGGGCCCCUUUAAAUUCUACAAGUUCUAGUUGUUACUUGUAACUUAUAGAUAAUCAGGGAGAUAGUGGCAUAGUGGUACCAUAGCAGAACUAGGUUGCCCUAUUUCAUCAAUAAGUUGCAGAGCCUUCUGUUUUGUGUUCUGGGUAGUGGCUAUUUUUUUGUUUUGUCACAUGUGCAGCGAGGCUUGACUAACAGGCAUGAAUGCAUGCGCAUGUAAGUGCUUGGGAUCCAUGUCUUGCUGUGUGUUUGAUGCCCAGCAGGUUGCACAUCUGUCUCUGGUGGCUCUGCGGGCAAAACAAUUUAGCUAGUAUAAGCCCAAUGAAUGGCUUGGAGUGGCCGGAUUUCCCUCGGAUAAUUAGAACAGUGUGGGGCCACAGCAGAGUACCUCGUUACCAUGUCCAAAACUUGCUUGCAGGCCAAUGUUGUUAACUGCAGUUUUCUGUCAUUCGGCCUAAACCUUGUUCUGUAACAACGCUGAUGACAUUGAUGCUUGAAACAUAAGUUCAAUAAAUAUCAAGGGUGUUUUGUUCCGGCUAGAAAGAACAGAAGGCCACUUAAUGACAUGCGGCCUUUGCAAAGUCUUGGGAACCAUGGUGCACUAUGCACUGAAUGCUUGCCUUGUCGUGCAUUGCUCUUUCUGUUGGUGCAAAACUAUACUAAGGAUGCGGUAAAUUGUGAAACGUACAACGGUUUGAGUGCUUUGUGCCUUUUGCGUCCCCUGUGUUUUGCUUAGGAGGGAAUAUAGCGGGACCCCGCAGGGAAUCUGCGAGCCAGCCCAACCCAGCAGAUUACCUUGUAACAUUGUUUCAGUGUUCUAGUGGUUGUCAUGGCGAUAGGUUGAGCAUGUCUUGUGACCAGGUUUGAAUUGAGCAGUGUAGGACAUGCAAAGAUGCUGGGGGUGCGUUUUUGACGCUCGCAAUAGAGGAUGUUAACGGCGUCAGUACUCUACAUUUCGACGUGUCUGGGUCCAUGCGGGCGGGCGAUGGUGUUGGGACAUUGAUUUUUCUUUCUCUGUGUACUUUCUAAUCCCCGCAGGCGAGAAAGCUUGCACAAUCUUCUUUUUUUUAAAUAUAUUUUCACAGUUCUGGAGAAACGUGAUUUUCAACGUAGUGAAACAUGUCCUCAUAGGCAGGUUCAUUGCGUGAAACUCUGUUUGGGUGAACCCCUUUCUUCUUGUAAAGUUCUUGUCGCAUUGCACGUUCCUCGUAUAGAGCAAAGCAGAACUCUGCUGUGCAGCAGAAAUGUGGACAGUGGGUGUCUUCCUAGCAGCUGACGAAGGUGAAAUGAAAAUAUUGUGAAAAAGAAAAAAAAAAGAAUACAGUGUUAUGAUGAUGUGCAGGGCGUCCAUCCAAGGGGAAACACGGCAUCAGCACUCGUGGGAGCUUGAAUUUCAAACAAAAUCCUGUAGACCAACCUGUCCUUGGUAGAUGUCCACAUUGGGCACCGUAUUGGCCACUUGUUUAUUCGGUUGAGAAGAAGCAUUAGGUUGCCGUGGAUACUAACUAAGGUCCAUAUUCACAAAACUUCUCUUGGGUAGCUGCUGUCUGCUGUUGGCCAUCGCCGUGUCGAUCAUCUCGUCGUCAUCGCAAUUGCUAACUUGAGUGGCAGGUGCCUGUAGGCCAGCUAGUGUAAAAGCAUUCUGUAGAGAAGUUUCGUGAAUGCGUGUCCAUGUGUUUUCCCCUAGAUGUAAGCUACCCAUGUACGCCUGUACACAUUUCAACUAUAGAACCUUGCGCCGUAAGUGUGCGAGCGUUUGUUCUGUUUAAGAGCGGGAGGCUCUGUACAUACAAAACUCUAGGCGAGUGCAAAGGGGGGGGAGAGCAGGAGCAGCACCAUUGGUCAGUUGCAGUUUGCUUCAUGCGCCAAUGGGAGCACGAAAACAAAGCAAAAAAAAAAAAAAUGCGUGGCGACGACAGAGUUAAGCAGGUGUGUGCUUUCUUCUUGAAUGUUGUUUUUACUGCCUCAGCUGUGAAUUGCCAAGGCCUGUGUUGUUUGUACUAGUAAAGAGUAUUUGUGCGUUCUUUCUCUAGGAUGAGCAUCGCGGCCUCCCCACAGGUGGUGGUGGGGUGAGGGUGGGGGUGGCCCGCUACAAGAGCAAUCAGUUCUCGUGAGUUGUCUCGUUGUUGGCGCCUUUGUUUACGUGUCCGAGGGGUCAUCUGCAAACUUGUGUAUGUGCGUUAAUUAGCCAGCACGCGGUGAAUUUGAUCGACAGGGGGGAAGAGGAACACCUCCAUGCCUCAUAUGUAAUGUCACACCAUGACUGAACUUGGUUUUCCAGACAGAAGACAAAGUAUUGCAUUUUUUUUCACCACUCUUCUUCUUGUCUGGUUGCUUGGUACACUACAGGAUGUGAUUUGCAUCCAUCACUGCUGUGCUCAUGGGGCAAUCUGUCAGAAUCGUUGCUUGUAAUUUUAUAGAACCAGCAGAGACACUUGUCGUGUCGACUUGGGAAGAAGUUGACCGAAAACGUCGAGUGGGCUCGAGCUCGGUGCGACACACUCGCAGGUUGAGGCAACCGUCCAAAGCUAGCAGGCGACCAUUUUGCAUCUCUCUCUGUACUGUCGGUUUCAAAAAGUUGCUCCCUCCCCCACCAAUGGUUGUUUGCUGCAGGCCGACAGGUUGCCCAAAGCCUGUACCAGUGUCGCAUGUCCCAUCAUCGCCUGCUUAAUUUUUUACAGAAAAUGGGGGAAAAACAAUCUUCUGCAGCGACUUAACGUCUUGAGAAACAAGGUGACAAAGAGCCAGCAUUAAAAAAAAAAAAAGAUGUGCAUGACAACACAACCUCGGACCGAUUCUGUUCGGUCGUUUAGAAGAAAAACAAAUGACACUGUUGGAUUUCCAUAAAUAAAGACAAACUUCAUUAUGCA